CAUAAACAGAUGUAGUAGAAGAGUUUGCAGCAAUCGUUGAGUAGUAUUGCUUCUGUUGUUGGUGUGAUAAGCCAAGAUAUGUAUGGUGACUUGUAGGUUUGAGGAGGAGAUUUCUAAGUUUGCUCUUGAGUUUGAUAGCAAACUGAGUGCAACGAAUGUCAGUAUGACACCUCCGAGACCAUAUAUCCACAAUCCACAUGAAUGAAUUCCAAAAUUGAAGAUGCCGGUUCCCACCCCCUCCGGGGCCCUUACGGUUGCCUUCCGCAUGCUCUGUCUGUGCUGCCUUCAGGCCAAAGCCCGUGGAAUCCAGUCCCACGACUGCGUCUGGUCCCCGACCAGUUCAGAGUGUGGGUACUGCAUGGCGCAGCACUCGCCUUGCGUCACGCUGCCCUGGUUCCUUGGGGAAGAGUUUGCGGCCCUCCGCGCCGCCGAAGAGGCCACCCCCCUCAUUCCUGCCGAUGUCGCCGCCGCCGCCACCGAGGCAAAUCGGGUGGCCCUCCUGGCCGCCCAGAGCAUGCCAAAGUUCCGCUCCGAGGUGGAGUGUGACCUCUAUGAGGAGGCACGCGCCACUCGGGCUGCCCUCGAGUCGGGGCUUGCCAUGAGUAGACCCCCUUCCCCUUGUGUUGUUUCGGUGCUGACUCUGGGCAGCAAAUUCAGUCGUCGCUGCGCCGUCUCCAGACGGAACAGGAGAGCGUCCCUGCUCUCUUGGGGGAGUUGGUGGCUGCUGUGGGCAAACUGCCCACCGGGUCCAUACCCGGCCACCAGCAUUAGAUGUCAAACAGCCCAUGCCGUACAUAUACCAACAAACCCCCUCCCUUCACCUUUUCCAAAUUCAUCCGACGACUUCGACCACCAAAAGACACAAGCACCCACAAUGAAAGUCCCCCGCCAGCAAAACACGCCCUCAAAUCCAUCACCCACAUCCAACAGCCAUGAAGCAACCACGAAACCCUCCCUGCCAAAAGACUACAAGAAAGUCGUCCAAUCCCUCAUCCGCCGCCGCGACAUCAGUCUAGAAGUCAAAAUCGACCUCUGGAAGCGGUUCGCUGAGUACGAAGCCUGCGUGGACGAAGAGAACCAUAAGAAUGACGCAGAAGACCCUGUCUUUACCAAUACAAACGCGACAACUGUGGGUGAGAUUGGACCUGAUGUUGAAAUGCCCACCCCGUGGAUGGAAAGCAUUCCGAACUUUGGUAGUGAUGCUGGGGAGAGGGGGUAUAAUGGGGGGGAUGGCGAUAGUGGGUAUGAGGGGAAUGGGGGUAAUAGUGUUGAUGGAGUAGAGGUGGCCGAGGAAGACGAAGCCAACACCAACAGUGGCCAGGAGAAAGACAAUGGUGAUGACAGCAAUGAGGAUGGAAAUGGAAAUCGCAGUCUCGACGCCACGACUCCCGCCCCCCUCCUCCGCCCCCGCCCCUCCACAACAUCCACCCAAGUCCGCCACGACAUCCGCGACUACUUCGCCUCCCUCGCCGAGCGCGAGCGUCUCGUUGCCGCUCGCGAAAAAUGGGUUGCCAGUAGAGCGGAAGCGCUGUGGAGGAAUGCGAGGGUAUUGGGGGGGUUUUGCGGGGGAGGUUAGUAG